AUGGAGGCAGCUGGCCAGAUGCUCCAUGGAGUGCCCCUGGAGAACAGCCAGUACCAGCUCUGUGGAACAGCCUGCCCAGCCACGUGUGUGGACCCGUCAGCCCCAGCAGCUGCCAAGACCCUGCGUGGAAAGCUGUCAGUGCAAGGACGGUUUUGUGCUGAGCCAGGCAAAUGUGUCCCCAAGGGCAGCUGUGGGUGCCUAUUUGAGGGACGCCCCUUUGCCCCCAACGAGAGCUUCUGGGUCGAUGAGGCAUGUGGGACACGGUGCAUGUGCAACGCAGCCACUAGACAAGUCGAAUGUGUGGCUGCUAAAUGCAAACGUUCAGAGAGGUGCGGGCUAGUGAAUGGCAUAAGGGGCUGUUACCCCUCUAGCUACGCCACCUGCUCUGUGACAAGGAAUCUGCACUAUGCCACCUUUGAUGGACAGAGAUACAACUUCCAAGGCACCUGCCACUACCAGCUAACUGCCCUGUGUAAGAAGGCAGAGGGACUGGUGGACUUUGAAGUCUAUUUCCAGGAGAACAGUACUGCUCCUGUACAGAUCAAGGUUUAUGAAACUGACAUCAGGGUCAGCAAUCAAUUCCCUGGGAAAAUCAUGGUGAACAGUUUCCUGAUUAAUCUUCCCUUCAACCUCGAUAAGAAAAUCACUAUGUAUAGAAAUGGCAGGGCCACAGUGAUCCAGACAGACUUUGGCCUCAGCAUUACUUAUGCUGGGUGGUCAGGACGCACCACGGUGACUCUGCCAGUUACCUACACGGGAGCCGUGUGUGGUCUGUGUGGCAAUUUUAACAUGGACAGUAAGGAUGACAUGCUUAUGAGGGAUGGCACGCUGGCACCCAACCCCAUCAGCUUUGGCCAGAGCUGGAAGAAGCUAUUGAAAACAACAACGAGGUAG